AAAGAGAUUAACUUCAAGGAAACCAGAAAAGGACUAACAGAAUGGUGGCGACGACUGAUUGCGUAGAAAAGUCCAAACCCAUCGCUGGAAACAAGGUAUCCAAACCACUCAUGGAAAAGAAACGAAGAGCUCGUAUAAACAGGUGUCUGGACCAGUUAAAAUCUCUUCUGGAGAGCUAUUACAGCAGUAAUAUUCGUAAGCGCAAACUGGAAAAGGCCGACAUCUUGGAGCUAACUGUGAAACACCUAAGAAACCUCCAAAAGACCCAGAGCUGCACCUCCGCUGCUUCAGACUUCUCUGAUUUUCAAACCGGUUUCCGCAGUUGCCUGGCACACGUCAACCAGUAUUUGCUGAUGGCAGACAACUUGAACGGGAGCGACCGCUGGAUGUUAUCGCAGCUCUCCAGGAAAGUCUGCAGUUCUCGGGGAGGACAGGAAGUGUUCAGCACCAUGGACAGAGGCCUGGGCCAAGCAGAGACACAGGAUGAGGUGCUGAGACUUCUUCCAUCUGCAGCUGGACCUGACGAGAGAAAACUGGCCAAAUCUAAAGCUCUGAAACCCCAAAGUUCAAACACGUCUCCUUAUUUAGUGGGUGAGGACGCACAUCAGUCAGUCCUUGUUGCGGCGCCCUCACAAAACAAAAGUUCCAGUAACAAAAGGUGUCACCCUGUUAGUCACAGGCAUGAAGCUGCAAACACUCAGCACAGUGUCUGGCGACCUUGGUAA